AUGCGGGGUUAUUCAACUUUCCUGGCCCUUGCCAGUCUCUUAUUUGCUCCAUGCCAGGCUGCCGAUGAUGCUACAGACAUGGGACCAGCAGCCUUCCUAUGGCCUCCUGACCGGGCUUGGUCAAGCACAGCAGAUAACACCGCUCCAUGCGGAUCCAACGCAAAUAUCGGCAACCGGACAGAAUUUCCUCUGACAAAUGGGGAGGUAUCUCUAGUCCUACAAGACGAGUCUUAUAAUGUCAAUCUCGCCAUCUCCUAUCACAGCAACCCCCCAUCAAACAGCGACUUCGUAACCGAUGUCUCAGGCACACUUUUCCCAGACCUCUACCCAGGGCACGAAUGUUAUUCCAUCCCAAAUGCACCGUCUAAUACAUCCUCGGGUGACAAUGCCACGUUGCAGCUGAAGUACCAGUCCACGUUCGAUACGGAUACUAAUCAGACAUACUAUGCCUGUGCGGAUAUCACGUACGUUGCCUUGGCCGAUUUCACGACCGAUGUUCUGUGCUUUAAUGUUUCGGUGGCUACUUCUACUGCUACUGCCACGAGUACCAGUAGCAGUUCGGUCAAGUCUGGUAGAUUGUCAGGGGGACAGAUUGCUGGGAUUGUUGUAGGAUGUGUUGUGGGCGCGGCGUUGAUUGCGGGUGGUAUUUUCCUCUUAUGGUGUCGACACCAGCGAAAGGUUCAGCGGGAUAAGGUUAUUGCUGUUAGGAUGGGAGAUUGGGGGAAUAGUGCGCAGAAGACGGUGUCAGUUGAUGAGAGUACGCAUGCUUAG